AUGUUAGUUACAAAGAGUGCUGGUGGUCAUAGUCUUACACAAAAAAUAACUGUGCCCGAUUCAAUUCGACCUAGUGAUUUAGAACGUGGUAAUAUUUGGUUUAUAUCUCCAUUACGAAAAAGAUUACAAUUUUGGGUUUAUUUUGCAUCAUCAUUUCCUGCUAUUUUAAUCUCUGUAGUACUUUUUUUCGAAGUUGAACUAACUAGUAUUAUGAUUCAAUCAAAACUUAAAUCUGUUCAUUCAACAAAAGUUAUCAAAGGAACUGGUUAUCAUUUAGAUAUAAUGAUAGCUGGUAUUUUAAUAUCGAUUAGUGGAUUAUUUGGUCUUCCUUGGAUAUGUGCAGCACCUGUAAGAAGUAUUGCUCAUGUAGCUAGUUUAUCUAAAUAUAGUAAUACUCAUGCACCUGGAGAAAAAGCUCGUUUAAUUGAUAUAAAAGAUCAACGUUUAACAAAUAUAGGUGUACAUUUAUUUAUUGGUUGUACAAUAUUUGCAGCUACAAUAAUUCGUAAAAUUCCAGUUGCUGCUUUAUUUGGUAUAUUUUUAUAUUUUGGUAUUGUAUCUAUAUCUGGUACACAAUUAUUUAGUCGAAUUAAAAUGACAUUUAUUCCAACAAAAUAUCAUCCAAAUUUUGGCUAUUUAAGACGAGUUCGUCAAAUGAAACGCCAUAUAUAUACAUUUAUACAAGUGAUUGCUGCAGGCUUAUUAAUUACGAUUAAAAUGACAAAUUUCGCUUUUCUUUUUCCACUUAUACUUAUCUUACUUGUACCAUUUCGAAAAAUGUGUCUUCCAUUUAUUUUUACAGAACGAGAACUUACUGAGCUUGAUGGUGAUGAAGCAAUGAGUAGUACCUUUGAUGAUGAAAUUGACUUUUAUGGUCAAGUUCAUUUACCAAUAUGA